AUGCGAACCGCUCAGCCGGCGCCAGGCCCAGACCGGUCCAAAAAUCGUGCUUUCUGUCGCCAUGUUCAAGUUCGGAGUCUAAGUAUGAAACGGCAAACUAAAGAACGAAAUUUUGGCCCAAAAGUUCAGACGAUUACAAUUGUGGCAAAAGCAAUAUGUGUCCACCUGAACAUUAGAUCAAGAUCCUCGGGCAUACGAGGUCAACGCGGGAUCGGGUUCAAAAUUCUUAAGAGCGGUUUAUUGAAUGAAGUGCUUCAGGGAUGGUCACUACACUAUUUUAUUCAUUCUGUACUAUCGUUCUUUGGAUUCAUACAAAGUUCAAUCUGGAAUCUCCUGAACAACGAGGUGCCGGGGUUUUCAUCUUGUGGAUGUAGUCUAACAGCACAUGUAGGUCUGACUGAAACUCCGGAUCUUCAAUUAGCAAGACUGACCAAUGUCACAAAACCAGGACCGUCAGUGCGGGCAGUACUUACGUCAACUAUAUAUCCCUUUGAUAAGGAAGGAUUCCACCGUGCUUUAGUUUAA